CCGGAGUCGCCGCCGCGGUCGCCAUGCGCUGCCUGUGGUCGGCCUGCUGCGCGCUGCUGCUCUCGCUGGGGCUGUGCCGGGCGCGUCCUCGGAGCGCGCUGCUCCUCCUCGCGGACGAUGGGGGCUUUGAGAUGGGCGCCUACAACAACAGCGCCAUCGUCACCCCUCACCUGGACGCCCUGGCCCGCCACAGCCUCGUCUUCCGCAACGCCUUCACCUCCGUCAGCAGCUGCUCCCCGAGCCGCGCCAGCCUCCUCACUGGCCUGCCCCAGCACCAGAACGGCAUGUACGGGCUGCACCAGGACCUGCACCACUUCAACUCCUUCGACAAGGUGCGGAGCCUGCCGCUGCUGCUCCGCCAGGCCGGCGUGCGCACAGGCAUCGUCGGGAAGAAGCACGUGGGGCCGGAAGCGGUGUUCCCGUUCGACUUUGCCUACACGGAGGAGAACGGCUCCGUCCUGCAGGUGGGCCGCAACAUCACACGCAUGAAGCUGCUGGUCCGGAAGUUCCUGCAGACCCAGGACGAGGGCAGGCCUUUCUUCCUCUACGUGGGCUUCCAUGACCCCCACCGCUGCGGGCACUCCCAGCCUCAGUACGGAGCCUUCUGCGAGAAGUUCGGCAACGGGGAGAGCGGCAUGGGGCGCAUCCCGGACUGGACCCCCCAGACCUAUGACCCCCAGGAUGUCCUGGUUCCUUACUUCGUCCCUGACACGCCGGCAGCCCGAGCUGACCUGGCCGCCCAGUACACCACCAUCGGCCGCAUGGACCAAGGGGUCGGCCUGGUGCUCCAGGAGCUGCGAGAAGCUGGUGUCCUGAACGACACCCUGGUCAUCUUCACAUCCGACAACGGCAUCCCCUUCCCCAGCGGCAGGACCAACCUGUACUGGCCGGGGACUGCCGAGCCCUUGCUGGUGUCGUCCCCCGAGCACCCGCGGCGCUGGGGCCAGGUCAGCGAGGCCUACGUGAGCCUCCUAGACCUCACGCCCACCAUCCUGGACUGGUUCUCCAUCCCCUACCCCAGCUACGCCAUCUUUGGCUCGAAGACCGUCCAGCUCACAGGCCGGUCCCUCCUGCCGGCACUGGAGGCCGAGCCCCCAUGGGACACCGUCUUCGGCAGCCAGAGCUACCACGAGGUCACCAUGUCUUACCCUAUGCGCUCCGUGUUCCAGCGGGGCCUCCGCCUGGUGCACAACCUGGGCUUCAGGACGCCUUUCCCCAUCGACCAGGACCUGUACGUGUCGCCCACCUUCCAGGACCUGCUGAACCGCAGCGUGGCCGGCCAGCCCACCGGCUGGUACACGGACCUCCACCACUACUACUACCGGGACCGCUGGGAGCUGUAUGACCACAGCCAGGACCCCCGCGAGACCUGCAACCGGGCCGGCGACCCACGCUUCGCCCAGGUCCUGGACCUGCUGAAGGCCCGGCUGGCCAAGUGGCAGUGGGAGACCCAUGACCCCUGGGUGUGCGCCCCCGACGGCGUCCUGGAGGAAAAACUCUCACCCCAGUGCCGGCCUCUACACAACGAGCUCUGACAGCCCCUCCCAGAUGGGACCCAGCCCCGCCUUAGCUGACCGUGGGGGCGGCAGGCCACGGCCCCUCCCUCCUCACGCUGGACGUCCCUCCCGCCUGGGCCUGGGGAGGAGACCCCUUCCCUCCCCCAGGAUGCUGCUGCCCGCUGAGGGGCACCUCCGUCCUCGCGGGCGAGGAAUUCCAAGGGGUCUCUGGGACAGGGCGGGACCCUGGUCCCGGUGGAGUCUUGUUCUCCGGUUGGAGACCGAGGGCUGAGACCCCUCAGUCUUUGGAUGCUUCUAGCCAGUUCCCUCCCCCGCCUCCCGUGUGCCAGGUGGGCAGGUGCAGACCACACUGGGUGGAAGCCGGCAAACGGGCAGAGGGCUGCUUUGCCACCCCAGCUCGGGUUCCCCUGGCCGGCGGCAGGCUGAGUGGCGAGCCCCGCCCUGUGGGCGUCCGGGCGGAGGUCCUCCUGCUUGAGGGUCACCAAAGGCAGGGUGAUGCCACAGGCACCGGCUCAGGCCAGCUCCCGGUGGGCGAUGCCUGGCCUGCUCCACGCUGGCCUGCAGGAGGGGGCUCUUCCCACGGUGGGCAGGCACCUGGCCCCCUGCCCUCCCCCGUUGGUGCCGUGUGGGUGAGUGGGGUGGGGUGGAAGCCCCUGACCUGGGCACUGGGAGAGCCGUUUCUUCCGGUAAAACACGGGAGCUGCUUUUCUGA